GUCUAUACUGCGUCUUUCGCCUUCUUCGAAGCUCUCUGGGAGGGCGGCGUUACUCAUGUUUUUGUGAAUCUGGGCUCAGACCAUCCCUCGAUCCUCGAGGCCAUGGUGAAAGGCCAGAAAGAAAAGAGAGAUCAAUUCCCGACAAUCAUCACCUGUCCCAAUGAGAUGGUAGCCCUUUCUAUGGCCGAUGGAUACGCUCGUCUAACUGGCAAACCGCAAGCUGUCAUUGUGCAUGUGGAUGUGGGAACCCAAGGACUGGGAGCUGCCGUCCACAACGCUUCGUGUGGGCGUGCACCGGUCUUGAUUUUCGCGGGACUCUCCCCGUAUACCAUUGAAGGCGAGACUCGUGGAUCGCGAACGGAAUAUAUCCACUGGAUUCAGGAUGUCCCGGAUCAGAAGCAGAUCGUGGCCCAAUACUGCCGAUAUGCGGGCGAGAUCAAGUCCGGGAAGAAUGUGAAGCAAAUGGUCAAUCGAGCCCUGCAAUUUGCGACGAGUGACCCCCAGGGACCGGUUUAUUUGGUCGGUGCUCGCGAGGUCAUGGAGGAAGAUAUCGAGCCAUAUCAACUCAACCAGCAGGUCUGGGGCCGGGUGAGACCAGCUGCUCUGCCCCCAGCUGGGAUUGAGCUCAUCGUGUCCGAGCUCACAGCAGCCAAGAACCCGUUGGUCAUUGUUGGGUAUACUGGACGCCAGUCACAGUCCGUGACAGAACUAGUUACUUUGGCCAAUAACUUCAAGGGAGUGAGGGUUCUGGAUACUGGCGGCAGUGACAUGUGCUUCCCAGCCAAUCACCCGGCAUGGCUGGGUUUGCGAUACCCUGGUCAUGAGCUGGUGAAGACUGCCGACUUUAUCUUGGUGAUUGAUUGUGAUGUGCCCUGGGUUCCGACGCAGUUCAAACCGUCCGACUCUGCCAAAAUUGUCCACAUUGAUGUAGAUCCGUUGAAACAACAGAUUCCAGUCUUUUACAUCCCAUCGAUGGCAACUUUCCGAGCGGAUUCUGCUACGGCACUGAAGCAAAUUAACGAGCAUGUCGCGGUGAACAGCUCGGUCCAACAAUUCAUUGGUUCUAAAGAGAAUUACACAAUGAGCCAGCGCCGCGAUGAAGAGUAUCGUCAGCGUCGGAAAGAAAUUGCUGAUUUGGCUGUUGUUCCAGAGGGUGGAGAUAGCGCUCCUCUAAACGUUUCGUACAUGAUGGCCCAGGUUCGCAAGGGAACCCCAGCCGAUACAAUCUGGGCGAUCGAAUCUGUGACGCUUACCCACCAGGUAUCAGAUCAAAUCUCCGCAACUCUCCCGAACUCUUGGAUCAACUGUGGCGGCGGUGGCUUGGGCUGGUCCGGUGGUGGUGCACUCGGAAUCAAGCUCGCAUCGGACGCACAGCACGGUGGUAAAGGCAAGGGCAAAUUCGUUGUGCAGGUAGUCGGAGACGGGACGUUCCUAUUUUCUGUUCCUGGAUCGGUCUACUGGAUCUCUCGCCGGUAUGGAAUCCCUGUUCUAACCAUUGUAUUGAACAACAAGGGCUGGAAUGCGCCGCGCCGAAGUAUGCUGCUCGUUCACCCGAACGGUGAUGGAUCUCGUGCUACCAACGAAGACCUCAACAUCUCUUUUGCUCCCACCCCGGACUACCCCGGAAUAGCAAAGGCGGCCGCAGGUGGGGAGCUCUGGGCUGGCCGAGCUUCGACUGUUGCGGAAUUGGCGCAGAAACUACCUGAAGCGAUCCAGAGUGUGCUGGAUGGCAAGAGCGCGGUCUUGGAGGCUCAGCUGGAUGGCACGGUGGGAAAGUACGUAGAGCGAGCGUCACACCUUUAA